AUGUCUGGAAAUAGUACUAGUGCGAGUUCUUUACCGGUCACGGUCGAAAAGCCUAUCCCUGUAACCUAUGAUAUGGGUAAUCUAGCCGUUUUUGAUACCAACACAUUAGACAAAAAUGAUUUAGACUCUUCUAAUGGCGCUAGAGAAGAACAUCUUAAAAGUUUAACCAGAGACAAUAUGCAGUUAAUGAUAAAUCAAAUAUUAUCUCUGCCUAUUAAAACUACAACCGAAGCAACCGGUGGUACCAGUGGUCAAAGUGCCACUGUGACGCUAAUUCAGUUACCGCAACCAACCACCGAGCUGCCCAGAGAGAAACCAUUGCCUAAGCCAAAGGCUCCAACCAAAUGGGAAUUAUUUGCUGCAAAGAAGAAUAUCAAGCCCAAAGAAAGAGCUGGCAAGAUGGUUUACGAUGAAGCUUCUGGUGAGUGGGCGCCCAAAUGGGGUUACAAGGGUAUCAAUAAGAAAUUAGACGACCAAUGGUUGGUGGAGGUUGAUGAUAAAGUUAAGGGCACCGAUGAUGAAUUGAUUGAUCCAAGGACUUUAAGCAGGGCGGAAAGAAAGAAGUUAAUCAAGAAGAACGAACUGCAACAUAAGAGAAAUUUAAAAAACUCCAUGGGUCUAAAAUAA